AUGAUCGGAGGAACCAUGAUGCUCAGCAGCGCUGCUGCUCUGCUCUCAGCUACUGGAGUGUCUGCUCUUGUUCCAGUUCUUGACAAGAGACAAUACUUUCCCGCCAAUGCCACCGAUCUCAAGACCAUCACUACUCCCACCAAUGUGACCAUUCGUUACAAGGAGCCUGGCAAGGCCGGCAUCUGUGAGACCACUACUGGUGUAAACUCAUACUCUGGAUACAUCGAUCUGGCUCCGGACAUGCACACUUUCUUCUGGUUCUUCGAGUCGAGGAAUGAUCCUGCAAAUGACCCCAUUACACUCUGGCUUAAUGGAGGUCCAGGAAGUGACUCAUUGAUUGGCUUGUUCCAAGAACUUGGCCCUUGUAACGUCACCGCCAACCUCACAACCCAGGUCAAUCCCUACAGUUGGAGUGAGGUUUCCAACAUGCUGUUCCUCUCCCAGCCGUUCGGAGUCGGUUUCAGUUACCAGGAGGAAGAAAAAGGAUCCUUCAACCCUGUUACUGGAUCUUUCAUGAACGCAACACAGGCCAAUGCUACUGGCACUUAUCCCGUUAUCAACGCCACCGAGAUCGAUACCACCGAUCUUGCCGCUGUUGCUGCAUGGCAUGUAUUGCAGGGUUUCCUCAGCGCUCUGCCCCAGCUUGAUUGCGAGAUUGGCAGCAACAAGGAAUUCAACCUCUGGACUGAAUCUUACGGCGGCCACUACGGACCUUCGUUCUUCAAUUACUUUGACAACCAGAACAAGCUCAUCUCCAACGGAACCAUUCCUGGCGUCAAGCUCGACUUCAACACCCUCGGUAUUGGAAACGGUAUCAUCGACGAGGCUGUCCAGGCUCCCCACUACCCCGAGUUUGCCGUCAACAACACCUAUGGCAUCAAGGCAGUCAACGAUACCGUCUACAACUACAUGAAGUUCGCCUUGAACAUGCACGGUGGAUGCCUGGAAUACAUCGAGUACUGCCGCGAAGCCAGAGAGACUGGCCAAGAUAACCUCGCCACCCAGACCCUCUGCUCCGAAGCCCAGGACAUGUGCAGAGACAAUGUCGAAGGACCUUACUACCAAUACUCUGGCAGGGGAACCUACGAUAUCAGACAUCCCAGCGAUGACCCUACUCCCCCCGAGUACUUCCCCGACUUCCUCAACAUGGCCGAAGUUCAGAACGCUCUGGGUGUCAGUGUCAACUACACCGAAUCCAACAACGACAUUUACUAUGCUUUCCAAGCCACGGGAGAUUUCGUCUACAACAGUUUCCUCAAGGAUCUUGAGGAUCUUCUUGCCCAAGGUCUUCGCAUCAGUUUGUACUACGGCGACGCCGACUACAUCUGCAACUGGUUCGGCGGCCAAGCAAUCUCUCUGGCUCUCAACUACACCCACAGCGCCGAAUUCGCCGCCGCCGGCUACGAACCCUUCACCGUCGACGGCACCGAGUACGGCGAAGUGCGCCAAUACGGCAAUCUCAGCUUCCUCCGCAUCUACGAGGCCGGUCACGAGGUACCUUACUACCAACCCCAAGCCGCGCUCGCCAUGUUCAACCGCACUCUCAAUCACUGGAACAUCGCUGAUGGCACCGAGAUGGUGACGGCGAAUUUGACGAGUGUGGGUGGGCCCAAUGCCACGCACACGGAGUCGUUUGUGGCGUUGCCUCCUACGUCGACUGCGAGUGCUAGUGCUACUGGUGGUGUUCAAGGUGGGUUUGUGCCUCAGAUCUGGAAGUCUUAG